UCCUCUUCGCCGGCUGACGCGACCGGAGUGAGGCGGCGCCGUCGCACGCAGGCGAGGGGGAGGCGCCCAGGAGCUUAUAGCCCCCAGCAUCCUCUCCGUCUCCUCCGUUUCUGUGGAAGAGGGUGAGAGUGACUCCAUGGCCACCGCCGCCCCGCGGUCUCUGUCUUCUCCGUCCGGCUCCGCCGCCGCUGUGAACCCUCACAAGCGCAAGAGGCCGGCGGCGAUGGCGAAGACGGGCAAGGGAAAGCCCGGCGGCCGCCUUGCCAAGAUGCCCAGGCGCUCCGACGAGCCCGCCGACCGCCCCCGCCGCCGCGGCAAGCCCAGCGACAAGUUCCUCAGGCUGCUCCGCAAGCGCGCCCGCGACUACAACUCCGACGACGACGACGAGGAGAAGCGCCUCGAGGAGGAGGAGGCCUCCAGCUCCGGGGACGACGAGGCCGCCGGCGCCGUCACCAGGUUCGAGGAGGGCUGCAGGGCGUUCCGCGUCGCCUUCUCCAAGAUCAUGGCCAAGAAGCUCCCCGACGACCCGCUGGGUCCAAUUCUCUCGGCGCACAAGAAGCUGGUCGCCGCGAAGCUGGCCGAGGAUGUAGAAGAACGGAAGCCCAAGGGAGAGGGCCGCAAGGACAAGCGCUUGGCUGCAGAGAAGGGCCAUGUCAUUCCCACAAACCACUUGGACAGUAAAGAGAAGGAACUCAUCAAAAUCGCAACCCAAGGGGUCGUCAGGUUGUUCAAUGCGGUAAGCAAGGCACAGAAUUCUCGAAAAGGUUUGAACCCAUCAAGGACUAAAGAUGCUAAAGCGUUGGCAAAAGAAACAAAACAGACGUUCCUCACGGAAUUAAAAAAAUAUCCCAUCCAUCAAAAGGGCCAGGCAUCUUCCAACUUUUCUAAGCACGAUAGUAAAGAUGAAGAAGAGCCUGGGUGGGCACCCCUGCGCAACACAUACAUGCUUGGCUCGAAAUUGAAAGACUGGGAUAAAAUGCAGGCCUCUGAUGUUGCGAACAAACAAACUGAGACCCCUUUGGACGACUUUUCUGAUGAGGAAUAGGCAAAUGGAUUCACCUGAAGCAGCAUUUCGGUUCUGUUCCUGUGCAUUUUUGAAGUCUGUUCUUGUUAUUGACUUGUAAAGCGAUGUUUGGAUCAAAAUUGCAAGUUCAGUUAGAUGAAUUGAGUUCUUAUGAUUUUUUAAUGUGAUGAUAAAUGCGCGGCAAUGUUGAUCCUUGAAUACGCGCUGUGUUUCCACAUGACAUUGGUACGAUUGAGAACGAUUAGGGGUGAACACUCGUGAAGUCAAUGUUUCACUCUUGACUUUACAAACCAGACAAAGUACGACAUUUCCUUUUAAAAAAUAUGCAACUGAUAAAUA